CCUACGUUUGUUUGUACCCCGUUGUUUGGGUUUCCAUGCUGAAAUAUUGAUUCUACGAAAGAGUCCAUGAGAAUGUUAGUGUGCGGUCAAUUUAUAGCGCUUACCUAGGUUUUACGUAGGUCCCAGCUCUAUGUGUGGAUGUAAGCCCCUCAGUUAUACGCAGUAGGGUGGGCGGGUCAACAUUCGCCCAUGUUCUUAAUACGAUUCAUUUAGUGUUCGAGAAACAGAGAGUCACACGCGACAGUGUAGUGUUGACGUCCAUUGUUAUUGGUCACUUAGUGGCCAGUUUGAAACAGUUUUAGUGAGUGUCGAAGUAAACAUGAAUCGUAAAUUUUUAUUAACGAUCUUUACUAUCAUAUUGAUCGUUAGUAUCGAAGGUAGAAAAACUUCUGGUCGAAGUCGUGGUUCUGGUUCGGGUCGUGGAACAAGCAGAAGAACAAAUUAUAACCCUCAACCUGCACCAACUUCUUUUAGUCAAGCACAAGCACAAAAGCCUACCUUGUUUGGAUGGCAGGAGCGACCCGGUCAAUCUUCGUGGCAAUCAAAAUCAUCCAGUGGACAAAGUCAUUCAUAUCCUUCGAGUGGCACUGGCAGUCACACAUAUUCCAGUGGCGGUAGUGGAAGUCAUACAUAUCCUAGUGGUGGUAGUGGAAGCCAUUCAUAUCCUAGUGGUACCGGAUUAUCUGGCGAUAACAAGCCUAAGGCUAGUGGUGGCAGUGGCAGUCAUUCAUAUCCCAGUGGUGGUAGUGGGAGCCAUUCAUAUCCCAGUGGUGGCAGCGGGAGCCAUUCAUAUCCUAGUGGUACUGGACUAUCUGGCGACAACAAGCCAAAGCAACCGUCUUCUCCUAAUCAGCAAGCAGGACAUUCCUACCCAUCUUCACCUGGAUUAUCAGGAAGCGCUGGUGGUGGAUAUCCUCAGCAAGCUGGAAGUAAGUAUCCACAGCAGGGAACCGGAACUGGGCAGUCAGGGUACCCGCAGUCAGCACAUAACUAUCCACAACAACAACAUGGAGUGGGUGGUUCUGGUUCAGCAGUUGCGCCGCCACCAUACACACCACAUCAAAAUAACUAUGGAAACCAAUAUCAUCCUCAAGGCCCACCGCCUCCUUAUUCAAAUUAUGGCGGAUCUAACUAUGGUGGCGCUGGUGGACACGGUUAUUACAAUCCUGGAUUUGGCCCCCAAGUACCAGGAUAUUUUGGAAACUAUGGAAAACCAAGUGGAGGAAUGAGUCGCGGUGGAAGCGCCCUGGCAGGAGUGGGUAUUGCCGGUGCUGGUAUUGGAACAGUAUUAACUGGCUUAGCUCUUUGGAAUUUGGCUCGUUCUACAGGACAUCAUCAUCACACUGUUGUAUAUGAUAAUAGAGGACAACCUGUAGCUGUAGCACCGGUUAAUGAUACGUCAGCUGCUGCGGAUUCCAUUUUAGCUGAUUUAGUAAAUUGUAGUUUGACAAUAAGCAAUGACGAUAAAACCGAAGUGCUGGCGAUACCGUGUUCUAUUGCUACUUCAUUCACUCCCGACGCUAACGUAAAGGACUCCGACGUUAAUAAAGAUCCUAAUGAUAAUACUAAGUGCACUAUUGCAGUUCUCACAAAGGACGGUAAAGAGUAUAUGACCACUAUACCGUGCUCGAUUCUUCUUAAUACAGCUGCAGAGAAUAAUGUUACAGAACCUCCCUUAGUAAUUGAUCAACCUAUCAACAAUAACAACUUUACUAGCGACGGAGACAUCCAAAACGGCACUUCCACGGAAAAUCUUCUAAAAGGAGAACCAACCGCUCUUAGACUUUCCGGUGAAGAUGUAAAUGGAGAUGAUAAAAAAAUUGCACAACUAAAUUGUACUGUACAACCGGAAGAAAUAAGAGAUCCAAUAAAUCCGUGUUUUUCUAUUAAUCAUAAUUUAACUGUCAUACCCCUGCCAACUACGGAGGCACCAAAAUGAUUUGCUAGUUCCUAUUUAAGAUGUAUAAUUUACUUGUAUAAACUUUUUUAGUCCACAAAGUUUCCGAUAUUAUUAGGUAUCAGACACAUUAAUUUCAUUAAGUUUUUUUGUAUAAUUUUUGCUCAUCUCAACGGUAUUAUUAUUUGUUACUUAGAUGGUUAAAUGAAAUUUGUUAUGCACCUGUAACUCUGCAGUUACAAGAUCUAUUUAAUUUCUGUUCUAAGUGGCUUUGUUGUAUUAGAUUAUACUAUGUUGGAUAUUACCUGGAUGUCACACAGACUGUCCGAUUUUGUAAAAUUCAACCAUUCGAGUGAGUAUCGAUCACCACAACACCUUGUGUUUGCGUUUUCACUAAUAUCUAUAAUAGGUAUCUAUAUUUUGGUGAUUGUGUAGGUCGUUUACAUGGGUAGUUUACACAAAGAGUGGCAUAUGAUGUCUUUAGCUUAUAAUAAAUUUGAAUAAUAAAAAACACUCUAAAAACGCAAUCAAAGGCAGGGGAAAAGCACUUGUUAUGUGUAAUACCCACCUGAAACGAUUCGUUUAGAUAUACUAUAUCUAAUAACUAAUAAGAUAAAUAUUAAUAGUAUUAUAAGUAUUGUAUACCUAUUCUGUUUAAUGUUAGUCACAUGCACAUAAUUUUGUUGUUAAGUGAAAAAUAAAUGCAUGUGUUGUUGUAAGCACGCACGUCUUUUACUUUACUAGGUAGGUACAUACCUAAUUUAACUAUUUGUCUAGAUCAUUUCACAUGUAUAUUAGGGUUCUGGCAUUAGCGGUCAGGGUCGAGGGCAUAUACAGGGUGACCGGAGA